CAUCUGUGUUCAGGGAUACGUUGAUCUAAUGGAACCGUUUUGAAUUUUUCACAUCUCACAGAUCAAUGAAUCUGCUAAAGCAUUAGCUUUUAACUUUCGGUGUGAUUAUGAUAGUAGUUUGAUGUUUUCUUUUCGGACAUAGUUCCCUGAAGUGCUUGCAGGGGUGUAGGAACUAUUUGACAAAUUUUGGGAACAUGUUCGCAUGGGUGUCCUAUCCAGCCUCUAGAGGGCUACUUCUUGCAGAGUUUAGAUCAGGGUUUCUCACAUCUUGCCCUGGAGGGCCAAUGCGCUGCAGAGCUUCGUUCCAACCCUGAUCAAACUCACCUACCUUUGGUUUUCUACUGAUCCUAAAGACAUUGAUUAGCAUGCUCAGGUGUGUUUGAUUAGGGUUACAGCUAAACUGCAGGAGAGUGAAUCACGUGCACCAGGUUUGAAGAUCCCUGGUUUAGUCACCAAACUUGGUCCUGGAGGGCCGGUGUCCUGUUCAGGUCCAACUUACCUCAACACACCUGUCUGGAAGUUUCAAAUAUACAUAGUAAGACCUUAAUUAGCUGGUUCAGGUGUGUGGAUUAGAGCUGGAGCUAAACUCUGCAGGACAGUGGCCCUCCAGGACCGAGUUAAAUCCAACACACUUGGCUGAAGCUUUUUUUUUUUUUCCCUGAUUAGCUGAUUCAGGUGUGUUUAAUUAGGGUUAGAGUUAAUCUCUGCAGAGAAGGUGGCCCUCCAGGUUCUGGUUUAGACACCUUUGAAAUAAGGCUCAGGGACGGCUUUUCAAACUUGUCUUGGGGACAAGCCCACCAUCUAACACAGGAUGGAAUGGAGAUGAGCAGGAAGUUGCAGAUAUGGUACACGUACCCCGUAGUACCAGUGAACAGACGAUUGGUCCAUCUGUCCAUUCAACACAUGCCACUGAAGACGUCCCAUGUGACGAACAGCAACGUGCUCACAGCCGUGCCAUGGAUGACUUCCUGUCAGCCUUGAACAGGGAGAGUGAACCGGGGAGAUUGGAGUUCCGAAAUUUUGGAAUAUGUUCAUCCGGAACUCCAGAUUUGCCAGUUUCACGGCUAGUGCAAAGUUUGGACCAAAAACGAAACGGCCUCAGGGGUGUACAAGCUACAAAAGUAGAUAUUUGGGAUGCUGAGAUGGAAGGAGCGGUGACUUUAACCCUCACAUUCCCAAGGCAUGCUCAACCGACCAGCCCAGCCUCUGUGAUGCUCCUGUUCAAUGUUGAUUCCAUUAAAGGAGAUGGUUUGAGAGUGAAGUUCAACAGUCAUUCCAUCCAUCCAAAUACACAGACAGUUUGCAUUUCUGAGGCCACACGUUUCCUGCUCCUUACAGGAGGACAAAGCCAUGUCCACGUUCACCUUAAGCUGAGUGUAACAAUUGAGACCUGGAAGGAUGAAAACAAGCCGAAACCUGGUGUGUCUGAGCUUCAGGAAGUGUUGAUGAGAAGGCUAGAUGGCAGCAGUAUGUCAAUGAAGCCGAUCUUACUUUUCCUCUCUGAACGUGAUGAGCAAAGGACACCGCACUUAAAAUAUCACGGAAAUCCACUGGAUGAGAGACUCCCAUCCAGAACUUAUCUUUUCCUCUGCGAGCUGCAGAAGUUCUUGAGUGACGUGGUUCCUCAGAAAGAGGGGCUGACAACUCAGGAGGGUGUCUCUUUGGAUGCGCUGCAUUCCCUUCCACCUCUCAGCCUGGGCGUGUCAUCCUCAGAGUCCCUGCUAUCAGGACUGGUGAAUUCCUCCACGCCGACUGUUUUUGUCUUCCCUGAGAGGCAGCAAGGCCUGCAGACUCACCGAGUGGAGGUGACCCUAGAUUCUCCUCUGCUGUCUGCACUCAGAAUAAGACUGGAUGAAGCCAAAGCUCAAGUGAAACAGCAGGAGGUGGGGCAAAGGAUGAUUGACAGGCUUCAGAAGCUGAGUGAACUAAGUGGCCUUUCUCCAGAUGGAGAGGACGAUGAAGCAGUCGCUAAGGACCACAAAGAGGCCCAGUACCGGUCCAUUUUGCUGCUGAAGGCCCUGCAGGUGGUACUCAGUACCUGGGAGGUGGAAAGAGCUCAGAGAGCAGCCAGAGCGGAUGACGAUGGCUCAUCACUGCCCAGUCAGUGUCGGCUUCAGAGCUUGACCGUAUCCUUGAGGAAGUUCUUUCUUGAGCCCUCCAAAAUUAACAUCAACAACUGUGAGGGAGUGUGUAGAUUCCCCCUGACCACCGGCAACAACCACGCCAUCCUCCUGAACAGCCAUAUUCAGAGCGGCCAACCUGUCAAUCGCUCUCUCUGCUGUGUACCGGUAGAAUUUGACGACCUAUUUGUGAUCGAGCUGGAGAGCGAGGGCACCAAUAUCGCCUUCAAGACCAACGUGGUGGCGACCAAGUGUGAAUGUCGCUGA